AUGUUCCUAUGGAGAGUGUUUCAUAACGCCAUACCAGUUGGAGAGGUCCUUGCAGCUCGACAUAUCCCAGCAGACCUCCUAUGCAAGAGAUGCGGAACUCCAGAAUCUAUUAAUCACCUUUUAUUUCACUGCCCUUUUGCAAAGAAGACUUGGGCUCUAACUCCUUUUGCGAUAGGUUUUGAAUAUAGUGGAUUGAUAGAAUUAAGGGAUGUUUGGCUUGAUCUGUGUGGAAAAACCUGUUUACCCCCCACGGGAAUAGCUACCGAAUUAGCUCCUUGGGUCAUUUGGCAACUCUGGACAGCGCGUAAUAAGCUUAUAUUUGAAGGAAAAGCGAUCUCGGAAGAGGAGGCGGUGACAAACGCCUUAAGUCUUGCAAGAGAAUGGCUAGAGGCUCAGGGACCCAAGACCACGCACAAACCUCGGCCCCGACCCCCCAACUGUAGUGUUUUAAACUCGGAUGCCGCUUGGAAAGCAGAAUCGAAGCUUGCUGGAUUUGGUUGGACCAUUACAGAGGCAACGGGAACCGUCUCCUUCACAGGAUACGAGAGUUUUGUGGGAUCAGCGCUGGUGGCCGAGGGACUAGCAAUGAGGGAAGCCUUAGCUGGAUGCAAAGAAAGAGGUAUAAGGAGGGUGAUCUGCGAAUCGGACUCGUCACAGCUAAUCAAAGCCAUCGACGCGGGUGGUGAGAAGCCAGAAAUCUUUGGAAUUGUAGCAGAUAUUUGUGAGCUGGCUAGCUCUUUUGAUGUGAUUAAUUUCGUUUGGAUUCCUAGGGAGAAAAAUGUUAAUGCUGAUAGACUGGCAAAACUUUGUUUGGUAGAGGUUGAAGCUUUUAUGGCUGUCAACUAA